GGGAGUGGAGAGUGUAACGCCGCAGCCUCGUGAAAGUGGACAGAGGCGCACAAAGCAAUUUAGGGAGCAUUUCUGUAAAGCGACAGAAAAACGAACGAAAUUCAACACUAUAAAAAGUGUUGAUGCUUAGCUCUUGAAACAAGUAUAAAUAAAAGUGCGAAGAAGGAGGAUAAAAGAAGUUGAAUACUUCAUUUAGGGUUUUCGAAAUUUGUGCCGACAUACAUAAUGACGGCGAAAACAGUGACAUUCUCGUCGGAUAAUAUAGUGAAGAAAUCACCAAAUGAUAGACGAUUAUACAGAUACAUUCAACUUCAAAAUGGUUUAUGUGCUUUACUUGUUCAUGAUCCUGAGAUUAAUCCAUCUUCUGAUGAUAAACUUGAACAACAUUAUAAUGAAGAUGAUGAAGAUGAAGAAGAUGAUGAUGAAGAUGAUGGUGAUGAUGAUGAUGAAGAUGAUGAUGAUGAUGAGGAUGAGGAUGAUGAGGAGGAUGAUGAGGAGGAUGAAGACGACGACGAUGAGGAGGAUAGUGGAAGUAGGAUGGGCAAGGGAAAGAAAGCUUCUUCUCAAACUAAGAAGGCUGCUGCAGCAGUUUGUGUGGGGAUGGGGAGCUUCUCUGACCCUUAUGAAGCGCAAGGUCUUGCUCAUUUUUUAGAGCAUAUGUUAUUCAUGGGGAGUGCUGAAUUUCCGGAUGAAAAUGAGUAUGAUAGUUACUUGUCCAAGCACGGGGGUUCAUCAAAUGCAUACACAGAGGUAGAGCAUACUUGCUACCAUUUUGAUGUGAAGCGAGAGUUUCUCAGAGAGGCCUUGAGAAGAUUUUCUCAAUUCUUCAUUUCGCCAUUAGUGAAAAGUGAAGCCAUGGAGCGAGAGGUACUGGCAGUGGAUUCAGAAUUUAAUCAAGUUUUGCAAAGUGAUUCUUGUCGUCUUCAACAACUUCAGUGCCAUACUUCUGUGCCGGGUCAUCCUUAUAAUAGGUUUUUCUGGGGAAACAAGAAAAGUUUGAUGGAUGCUGUUGAAAAAGGGGUUGAUUUGCGCCAAAGGAUUAUGAAGAUGUAUGAAGAUAACUAUUAUGGAGAAUUUAUAAAAUUAGUUCUCAUCGGUGGAGAGUCGCUUGAUAUACUGGAGAGUUGGGUCCUGGAAUUGUUUAGUGAUGUCAAGAAAGGUCUUUCCUCAAGACUGGAGAUAAAGCAUGAAGGUCCUAUCUGGAAUGCUGGGAAGUUAUACAGAGUGGAGGCUGUUAAGGAUGUUCACGUCCUUGAGGUUUCAUGGAAAUUACCAUGUCUUCGCACAGACUAUAUGAAGAAACUUGAAGAUUACUUCGCUCAUUUAAUAGGACAUGAGGGCAGAGGUAGCUUGCACUUCUUUCUUAAGAGUAAAGGAUGGAUAACAUCUAUAUCAGCUGGUGUUGGAGAAGAUGGAAUGAACCGAUCAUCGUUAGCCUAUAUUUUUGGCAUGAACAUACACCUUACAGACUCUGGCUUGGAUAAGCAGAUCUAUGAGAUCAUCGGAUUUGUGUACCAGUAUCUCAAACUACUGCGCGGAGCUCCUCCCCAGGAGUGGAUAUUUAAGGAACUCCAGGAUAUAGGAAAGAUGGAAUUCAGAUUUGCCGAGGAGCAACCUCAGGAUGAUUAUGCUGCUGAACUUGCAGCGAACUUGCUUAUAUAUCCACCAGAACAUGUUAUCUACGGUGAAUAUGCAUUUGAAGAUUGGGAUGCAGAGAAGUUAAAAUUUAUUCUUGAUUUCUUCGUCCCAGACAAUAUGAGAGUUGACAUACUAUCUAAGUCCUUUGCCACAUCUGGAGAUGCCUUAUGUGAGCCAUGGUUUGGAGCAAGAUACACUGAGGAAGAUAUUGCUCUCUCCUUGAUGGACUUGUGGAGGGACCCUCCGGCAAUAGAUGGUUCAUUGCAUUUGCCUUCAAAGAAUGAGUUCAUUCCAGUUGACUUUCCUGUACAUGCUGAUAAUGUGUCCAAUGAUAUUGUUGAUGGAUCUUACCCGAGGUGUAUACUAGAUGAACCAUUGAUGAAACUCUGGUUCAAGCUAGAUAGGACAUUUAAACUUCCUCGGGCAAAUACAUAUUUCCGUAUCAACUUGAAUGGUGCCUAUGCGAGUGUUCGCAGCUUUCUCUUGACCGAAUUGUUUGUUCUUCUCCUUAAAGAUGAGCUGAAUGAAAUAGUAUACCAGGCCAGCUUAGCCAAGUUAGAAACUUCAAUAUCUGUUUCUGGGGACAAACUUGAGCUAAAGGUUUACGGGUUCAGUGAGAAACUUCCACUUUUACUUUCUAAGAUACUGGAUAUAGCAAAAUCCUUUUCACCAAAAGAUGAUCGGUUUGAGGUUGUUAAAGAGGGCAUGGAGAGGAAUUUGAGGAACACAAAUAUGAAGCCCUUGAAUCAUGCAUCAUACCUGAGAUUGCAAAUUCUAUGCAAAAGUUUUUGGGAUGUAGACGAGAAGCUACAGUGCUUAGCUGAUUUGUCCCUUGCUGAGUUGCUGGCUUUCAUUCCACAGCUCCUUUCCCAGUUAUAUUUCGAGGGCCUUUGUCAUGGUAAUUUACUAGAAGAAGAAGCCAUCAACAUAUCAAAUAUAUUUAGAAGCCACUUUCCUGUCCCAGCACUUCCUAUAGAGGCGAGGCAUAAAGAGCGAGUGUUAUGUCUUCCUUCCGGAGCGAACCAUGUUAGAGAUCUUUGUGUGAAAAAUAAGCUGGAUCCAAACUCUGUGGUUGAGCUUUAUUACCAAAUUGAGCAGGAAAAUGCUGUGGAUUCACUUAAACAGAAAAGCUUCUCGGAUCUGUUUGAUGAGAUUGUGGAAGAGCCAUUUUACAAUCAGCUAAGGACAAAGGAGCAGCUCGGUUAUGUUGUUGAGUGCAGCCCACGGAUGACAUAUCGUGUCUUUGGAUUUUGCUUCUGCAUUCAAUCUUCUAAGUACAACCCCAUAUACUUGCAAGAGAGGAUUGAUGACUUCAUUGAUGGCCUGAAGGACUUUCUGGAAAAACUUGACGACGGAUCCUUCGAGAGUUUUAAAAGCGGGUUGAUUGCUAAAUUGCUGGAGAAAGAUCCAUCAUUGUCGUAUGAGACUAACCGGUUUUGGAAUCAAAUUGUAGACAAGAGGUAUAUGUUUGAUUAUUCGGAAAAGGUGGCACAAAUUGUGAGGGAUAUACAGAAGAGUGACCUGAUUGACUGGUAUAGUACAUAUCUCCGGAGGGAUUCUCCCAAGUGCCGGAGGCUUGCAAUCCGAGUAUGGGGCUGCAACACUGACAUAAAGGAAGCAGAGGCACAGGAGAGGUCCGAAGUUGUCAUCAAUGACUUUGCUGCAUUCAAGUCAUCUUCGGAAUUCUAUGCAAGUCUUUGUUAAACAGUGAAAGCAUUUGUUGGCUGGCAGUAGAUUUGCUGAUGUCUUAUGCUUGGCUGUGCGGGGCCAUAAGCGCAACGUUAGAGCUUCCUGCUGUCUGUGUUGCUCCAAACCCUUGGAUGCAGCUUCCCCCUCUCACUUGAUUCCAGUACCGGAAAUUGUUUUUGGUGGAAAUAUUAGGACAAUUUUGAUUCAUUUAAAAGAAUUCUCAGAUUUUUCAUAUUUGAGGCGUUCAUGGCAGGAAGUUCACAUCUUCAUAGCUGUGAGCCUGUGACUAUAACGUUGAAUUUUUUUAUGUAAUUCUCAUAUGAAUUGCUGAGAUUACAUAAUUUAGUUCUUCAUAUGUUCAAACUCUACCACAUUGAUUUUUACCCUCUUAAAUUAUUUUACUCAGGUUAUGCAUAAUUCUAAACAUGUAAUUUGUGAUUUUAUUCGAUUUGAGUUAUAUUAAUUAUAUUUGAUAUAAAAACUUCUGAGAUUUGUA